GAGAGAGGCGGACAUCGGGAUUCAGAACUCCUGAAUCUUGACAGCUGUGCGUGAAGUGCCGAAUGGAUUUCUGAGAGGCAGAUACAUCGUCAUUGCUUACGAGUGGGAAUAAUAAUAAUUCUGAUUACCACCAUUUUUAGAUACCACUGAGAGAAAGGAAAAAAAAGAGUCACAAUUGUUUGCUCACUUGCACACGCAAGAAAAGGACUCGUUUUGCGAGUGAGACAGACUGAGAGCAGAUGAGAAGUCGUGCCACCGGAUGGUUUUUAUUAUUUGCUGUUUUUUGAUGCAGGAACGGACUCUGAAAUGGGUCGCCAUGACGACAGAGCGCUGAGUUAGCCGCUAAUGCGUUAUACGCAUUUGUUUCUGUUAUUGUUUUAUUUUAUCAUUUCCCUACCUCCUUUAUAGUGAUCAAAUAUGUGGUAACCUCGCCACCAGAAGACGCGGGUGUUGUCAGAUAAAAAGAAAGAAAAAGGAGGAGGAGGUGUUAAGUGGUGUUCAUUCCCCUUUCUUUUCCCCCCAUUUCUUAAUUUGCUCUUAUUUUCAUCUUUGUAUGCUCCUUUCCUUUCUUUCCGGAUUUCUUUUAUUGUUUUGGGGACACGGACUGACGUGAAGAAGGUAAAUUGAUGUGCGAGAGCCUGCGACACAUUCAUGACGAAUUACCUCAGAAAAAAUACCGAUGGCAUAAACACCGGCUUCACCACUGUAGUACGACUAUUCGCCGGGAAAGAACCCGUCGACUACAACCCUUUCAUCGCGGGAACUAAUGAGCAAAUUGCAAUAGAAGCAUUGCAUGUUGCAGUAACAUCAGGAUGAAGCUCUUCGCCGCUGAGUGUCAACAGGCCUCUUCUGUGCACCAUUGAGGAUACGCACACCCUCCUUUCCGCAUAUCCCGGAGUCAGUGGGGUGGCCAGAAAGUAUUUGCUCUUGUCCAUUUCAUAACCGUUCCCCAUCACUGGGGCAGCGUUCACCCCAGCCGAAGCAUGUCAUCGGUGGACGUGGCCCGAUCACGGCGGGAGACGGUUCGCUCCUGUCCACGACGCAUAUCUGACACUUGCCUGGUGUGGCUGCUGGGCUUGGCGCUGCGCCUUGCGCUAUCCUCCUGCCAACGGGCAGACCUCACCGCCGCCAAGCACCCUAUGGUCACCACAGGCUACGGGAAGCUUCGGGGAGUACGCAAGGAGCUGAACAAUGAGAUUCUAGGCCCGGUCGAGCAGUACUUGGGUGUCCCCUACGCCACCCCGCCAGUGGGCGAGAGACGCUUCCAACCCCCGGAGGCACCCGGCUCCUGGCAGGAGAUCCGUAACGCUACUCAGUUUGCACCCGUUUGCCCGCAGAACAUCCAUGGGGUGCUGCCAGAGAUCAUGCUUCCCGUAUGGUUCACUGACAACCUGGAUGCAGCCGCUGCUUACGUACAGAACCAGAGCGAGGACUGCCUUUACCUCAAUGUCUAUGUUCCCACAGAGGAUGGUCCGCUCACAAAAAAACACGAUGAGUCUUCAAUGAACAGACCGAGGGACGAAGAUAUUAGAGAUCGUCGGAAGAAGCCUGUGAUGUUGUUCAUCCAUGGUGGUUCAUUUAUGGAGGGAACGGGAAACAUGUUUGAUGCAAGCGUUCUUGCGGCCUAUGGAAAUGUGAUUGUCGUCACUAUGAACUACAGAUUGGGUGUUCUGGGUUUUCUAAGCUCAGGAGAUCAGUCUGCGAAAGGGAAUUAUGGGCUACUGGACCAGAUUCAAGCCCUGCGUUGGCUCAAUGAGAACAUCGGGCACUUCGGAGGAGACCCGGAGAGAAUCACCAUUUUUGGCUCCGGCGCUGGAGCCUCUUGCGUCAAUCUUCUCAUCCUGUCCCAUCAUUCUGAAGGUUUGUUCCAGAGGGCCAUUGCGCAGAGCGGCUCUGCCAUAUCCAGUUGGUCAGUGAACUACCGGCCCCUGAUGUACACCAAGAUCCUGGCCAAGAAGGUGGGCUGCAGUUACAGUGACACUGCAGAUCUGGUUGACUGUCUGCGAAGGAAAAGCUACAGGGAGCUGGUGGAUCAGGAUGUCCAACCUGCCCGAUACCACAUUGCGUUUGGACCAGUGGUGGAUGGAGAUGUGGUCCCUGAUGACCCCGAGAUCCUCAUGCAGCAGGGGGAGUUCCUGAACUACGACAUCCUGUUGGGGGUGAACCAAGGUGAAGGGCUGAAAUUUGUGGAUGACAAUGAGGGCGAGGAAGGAAUUUCAGCUGCUUCCUUUGACUACACCAUUUCCAACUUUGUAGACAACCUAUAUGGAUACCCAGAGGGUAAAGACAUAUUGCGGGAGACUAUAAAGUUCAUGUAUACUGAUUGGGCUGAUCGUGACAACGGUGAUAUGCGGCGUAAAACUCUACUUGCACUUUUCACGGACCAUCAAUGGGUGGCGCCAGCAGUGGCCACAGCUAAACUCCAUGCUGAGUUCCAGUCCCCCGUUUAUUUUUAUACAUUCCACCACCACUGCCAGACGGAAGCACGACCCGAGUGGGCAGAUGCAGCACAUGGUGACGAGAUCCCCUAUGUGUUUGGUGUUCCCAUGGUGGGUGCCACAGAACUGUUUCCCUGCAACUUCUCAAAGAACGAUAUCAUGCUCAGUGCUGUGGUGAUGACGUACUGGACAAACUUUGCUAAGACAGGUGAUCCGAACAUUCCAGUACCGCAAGAUACCAAGUUCAUCCAUACUAAGCCCAAUCGCUUUGAAGAAGUUAUCUGGACCAAGUUCAGCUCUAAAGAUAAGCAGUACCUCCACAUUGGGUUGAAGCCUCGAAUCCGGGACAAUUACCGUGCCAACAAAGUUGCCUUCUGGCUUGAGUUGGUUCCUCACCUCCAUACCAUCCAUGAUGAGAUCCCCACCUACACCACGCAACUGCCACCAGGAGCCCCGCACCGGCCUGGUUGGAAGGGCACAGCCCAGAGCCCCGGUACGCGCUCUACUCGCCACCCCACGGUCUCAACCUACCCGCCUGACCCGGACCUUGAAGGUUCUGAGCACCCUCCUGAACGCUUCCCCUUUCCAAGCAAUACACGGGACUACUCAACUGAGCUGAGUGUGACGGUGGCAGUGGGUGCAUCGUUGCUCUUCCUCAACGUGCUGGCAUUUGCCGCAUUGUACUACAAACGCGACAAACGGCAUGAGCUUCUGCAACGCCGGCAUCGCCGCCUCUCUCCCCAGCGUGGGGCAGUGCCAGGUGUUGGGAUAGUGGGAGGUCCACCCCAUAAUGACCUUGCACUGAGUCAGGAGGAGGAGCUAAUGUCCUUGCAGAUGAAGCAGCAGAGGGUAGAGCUUGACCAUGGCACACCCCUUCCAACACGUGGUCUCCACGGCGACCUGGAGCCCCUGAGACCACCUGUGUGCCCGCCGGAUUACACUUUGGCUCUACGGCGGGCACCUGAGGAUGUGCCUCUCAUGACGGCUAACACACUUUCCAUGAUCCCCAGCACCAUCACUGGCAUGCAGCCCCUCCAUGCCUUCAACACGUACCCCCCUGCUCCGGCACCAAGUGCGGGACACAGCAACAACGCCCUGCCCCAUCAGCACUCCACCACGCGAGUAUAGUAACCCCUUGAGGGGACCAGGUCCCCCAAAAACAUAGGAACACAAACCUCAAGUACUAAGAGUGGUGCUCUACAUGGAUACUGUCCAACUCACCGCUCACAUUCUUUUUAAGUCCAUUCCCAACACACUCUCUUUCUUUCUCUCUCCUUCUUUCUUGUUUUACUCUUCCUGCUCUUCUCGUUCUUGGUAUGAGCAGUGGAGAAAGUUUUGGGUGGAAAAGCAAACGUUGGCCAUUUUCCCCUCUGAGUGCAGCAGCUAUCCCCUCCCUAAAGUUUGAUUUUGUUUCUUUUUUACUCGCAUACAUUACCGUCUUUCUUUCUCUUUCUUUCUUUUUUCUUUUCUUCUUCCCAGCAGUCUUCUGCUCUUCUGUAGCUGUUUCUAGUCCCCAAAAAGAACAGUUUUUCCUACUUCGGACUGUUUUAUAAAUCAAGAGAACAUACAUGUAAGAUAUGUAUUAUUGAUAACCUUAUAAGGCUAUGAAUGAAAAAAGAUUCUACUAUCUAAUUUUUACCAGCAUUCUUGUGCCAAGUACUGUGAUCAUCGUCCAAUCAGACGCAGUCUCGCGGACGGACGUGGAGAGAAUCGCCUGAACUGGAUUUAUUCAAGGAAUUUGCAGAAAUUAGAAGAAAAAAAAGUGCCAACUUAGUUUUCUUUACUUUUGUUUCUCUUUUGUUUUUUCUGUUCACUUUUGCUUUUUGUUUUGCACUGUCACUGUUAUUUGCCUACGGGGAGAAAUGAACAACACAACAAAUAUCUAUAUAAAAAGUAAAGAUAUAUAAUAAUUCAAUUUAUAUCCUGAUUGCGCUUUGGGAAAUUUGCAUGAUUUAUUUUUUAAGAGGAAAAAGGACAUCUGAGAUUCAAGACUCUUCUUUCUUUGUCUUUUAAUUGUUGUUGUCUUUUUCUGCAACAGUCUCUCUUCCUCUCUCUCUUUCUCUCUGUCUCUCUUUUUUUUUGUUGUUGUUGUUUUUUUUACAUCAGCUCUACUUUGUGCACUUCAUUUGGAGAUUCUUUUCCCUCUGUAGAUACAUGCUCAUAUCCGGAAAUGAAACUGAUUCUUGACGAUAAUAAAAGGAUAAAUAUUUUCCUUCUUUUUUUUUUUUCAUUUAUAAUUACGGAAGUGGUACGACAGAGCUCAUCUCCCGGAGAAGGACUGAUCAGAUCCACGAUCCCCUCCUUUUUUUUUUUUUUUUAAUCUCCGAUCGUAUAGUCCUCUGUAGUAACAUUAUGCCACACUGAGUUAAGGAACGUUCACUGUGUCUCUCUCUCAGUUUCUCUGUAAAGACUCGAACUCUGCUGAGUUGGACAUCCAGAGCGACGGGAUCAACACCUGCGUCCGUUCCCGCACAGCUGGAGUCUCCCCGUCUCUCUCUUUUAUCCAGAGCCCAAGAGAGCUCAUGACGUGUCCAGAACAUUCUUCCCCUUCACUGACACUGACCUUUGAGUGAUUAUCUCAGUUUGAGCUCACUUGUCAUCAGGCGGACAUCUUGUUAUAUGCCCUGUCACAAGUCCCUGUAAGACCUCCAGGUUCAACUUCUCACCUCUCAAUGUGUUUUUCUUUUCCAAAAUCUCUCUUUCAGGGUGCCGAGAACGAUCUGGUGGGAGGAAUCGGGUGGUUUGCAUUCAUCUGUGUGUAAGUGUGUGUGUGUAUGUGUGUGUGUGUGUGUGUGUGUGUGUGUGUGUGUGUGUGUGUGUGUGUGUGUGUGUGUGUGUGUGUGUGUGUAAGUGUGUGUGUGUGUGUAAGUGUGUGUAAGUGUGUGUGUGUGAGGAACAGGACAGAUGUGGCCUACAAAUGCAUUCUGAAUAUUGACUUGGUGGUGGUUGAAAACGAAACAUAUUGCGCUACUGUGGACGAGGCUUUAUUCCUCACGACACUUAAAUAUACAUUCACAAUACAUAACGCAAGCAAGCCAAUCUCAUUGCCAUCCAUUUUGCGUUCUUUCGUUGUCUUGUUUUUGGAGUUUCUUGUUUGGUGGGUGGAUGAAAAACACACAAGGCCACUUUCUGUCAUGCCAUGAGCGAAAAAAAAUAUAUACAAGAUGCAAACUGUACAUUUUUAUAAGUGUAAGAGAUGACAUGGUCUUUGUAAAUAUUUUGUUUAUUGUUGGGCUCACAGCCAAACGUAUCCACUGUAAAAAAAAAUAAAAAAAAAAAAACAAACAAAAAAAGCAGGUGCAAGCUCAUUCAGCCAAUCCCAUCCCUCCACCCGCGAUUCUGAAGACCCUUAUCGAUUUUUUUUCAUUUAAAGAUUUAAAUAUAAAGCUUUCUUUUUAACGAAAGACAUUAAAACGUAAUGAAUGUUGAGGGAAGCAAAUCCACGUUACAGGAUACUUUGAGUCAAGAAUGAGCGCACUUGGUGAGAAUAAUUGCAUUUGGAAUUCAAAUUUGCUGCAAGACCCAACAAUGCGGCGGACAAAAGAGUCGCUGGCUGCAUCUGAUUCUGUUUCGUUUGGAAAAGGAGGGUGGGACCGAUCAGAAUAUUUUGUUGGAGAGAGCUAAAUGAGAAAGUCUAUAUGAAGAAGAUGCUUAUUUUAUUCUUUGUACGAGCUCGUAGGAUGGAAAAUCAGCCCCGUUUGGGUUUUUGGUUUUAGUUUUUUUUGGAGAGGCCUGCUGUUUGAGUCAUUCUCCUGGGUGUUCUUCAUCACGCUUCAGUGGACUAAAUGACACUGUGGGGUGUUUGUUUUCUCUUACCUGGUUGUGACUUCUUAGAAAUUUAAUGUUACCCAAACCAUUGGAGAUUUGUCGGACUGGGGGUGGGAUUUUUGUUUGUGAAUUUGAGCUGCAUAUAUUUCAAAGUAGAGAAUUUAAACAGUUCAUAUUUUUCUACAAAAUAAAGGGGAGAGAGAGAUGAUGAAUCUACCGGCAACUGACAGACAUAUAAAGCACACUCUCACCAGAUAUACGUGGUGAUACUUUUUGUCUGGGUUGCCUAUGUAUUAUAGAGGAAUAAACAAAAAAAAUUAAGAAAAAAAUACUGAGAAACACAACUGUUGAGUAUUAAUGCUUGGUCGCCAAAAAAAGACUUGCACCUGUUGAGUUUCAUUUUAUUGAAUUUCAGCAACGUUAAAAAAAGGCUUGAGAUGUGGGGACUGUAUGACCGCAAUGGGUCGAAAGAUUGAAAUUCAUAUUUCUGUUUCCUAUACAGGCUACUACACACUGUAUGUUGUGUAUCUGAACUGGACAACAUUAAAAAGGUUAUUAAACAUAUA